AGCCAUUUCGGCCGAAGCGAUGACGGAUGCGCAGAGGGCGGAGCUGGAAGAGAUACUGACCACCUCGCUGAAGUCCAACACCAUCGAAUGGGCCGUCAACCUCCGAGUGUGCGACAUGCUCCAGGCGAACCCGACCCUGGCGCCGCGCGUGAUGGAGCGGGUCGCCGCGCGGCUGCAGAAGGACAGCGCCGUCCCCGUGCUGCUGGCGCUGGGGUUGCUGGAGAUGGCGGUGAAGAACUGCGGCAUCACCGUCUGCCGGCACGUGGACGACGGUGUGGCCGCGGCGAUGCUGGGCAUUGUGAAGAAGCGCGAGGGGUGGAGGUACAGCCUCGGCCGCAAUCUGCACAAGUCGUCGUGGAUGGUUGGCGGCUGGCUGCCCGAGGGCGUCGCCAUCGACGAGGGCGAGCGGCAGCUCUGGGCACAGGCCUCCCAGAAGGUGCUCGAGAUGCUCAAGCUCUGGACCGACGCAUUCCUGCUGCAGGAAGGCGAGCUGAGGCCCGUGUUCGAGGCCUACAAGCAGCUCCGGCAGGAGGGCUACCGUUUUCCCCAGGGAGAGCGCGGCGCUGCUACAGGACUCUGCCUUGUACAAGGCGCCGAGGAGAGCCCCGCCUUCCUGGCGGGCGCCGCCGCGCCGAGCCGCCAGGCCUCCGUCGACGAGCCGCCGCGGCCCAGCGCCCCAGGCGGCGACGCUGGCGGCGCCGUUGCGGCUGGAGGCGCCCAGGGCGUCGGCGUGGACCUCCUGGGGGUCGGCGACGGCGCCGCCGCGGCCGGGUCGCCCGGCCCUGCGCCUGGGAGUGGCGUGCCCGCGCAGAUCGAGGCCACCCGUGCCGACCUGAGCGCGUACCUGUGUGCCGACGGCGGCGGCGCCUCGCCCGCGCUGCGGGGGCGGCUCGACCGGGCGCGGCCGUGGGCCAUCCGGAGGCACGUGGAGGGGCUGCUCGGCCACGAGCUGCCUGACGAGCAGCUGCAGUCGCUGGUGGAGCUGCUGGAGGACCUCAACUCCGCGCUGGGGCCGGACGGCGGCGAGGCCGCACCGCAGAUGGCCAGCGCCGCGGGAGACGAGGGCGCCGCCGCGGGCGCCGAGGGCGCGGUGCCAGCGCCGCCGAGCGCGGCGCCUCCGGACAGGGAGCAGCAGGAACUGUACGACGCCAUCCUCGCCCGCUUCCUGCAGGAGCAGGAGGACCGGCAGCUGGCCAGCUUCGAGGAGGAGGACCGGCAGCUCGCCCUGCGGCUGUCCAUGGAGGAGGGCGCCGGCGAAGGCGGGGCCCCGCCGCGGAGCGCCCCGCGCGGAGCUGGGCACAUGGUCGCCUGCAGGAGCUGUGGCGCCCCCAACCAGCUGGCCGACCAUGCGGGGCGAGGGCAGGACACGCUCCUCUUCGUCUGCUACAGCUGCGGCACCAUGCAGUCGCGGCGCGCGCACGGCCGGCGGCCGGCUGCGCUGGAGGCGCUGCCCGCGCGGCACGCCCCGCCGCCGCGCGUGAUGACCGCCGGUGGCGGCGGGAAGGAACUCCUCAUCGGGGGCGGCGUGGACGACGGCGCUGGCGCGGCCGAGGCCGCGGGGCCCUCCUCGGCGCCGGCCGCGGGCGCCGGGCGCGCCGCGGCCUCGGAGCUGCCGGCGUCCUUCUCCGAGGGCCUGCUGGGCGCAGAGGGCGGGUCCUCUGGCAGCCGCGGUGGCGCUGCGCGCGGCGUGCCCGUGGGCCGGUCGGUGAAGGACCCCGCGGGGCUGCGCUGGCGGUGCACGGCGCUGCUGGCCUGGCGCGGGGUGCGGGAGCCGCUCGGCUGCUGCGUUCCGCCGAGGGCCUUGUUCGUGCCGCGGCGGCGAUGCUUGAAGCCGAGCUUCGAGCAGCCCGCCCCGCGGCCGCUGGUGGUGAAGGGCACGGUGGAGGGGGAGGCCCUGCAGAGCCACCUCGCGCUCCCGCGGCUGGCGCCCCGCCUGAUGGCCAUCGGCCACGGCGGAAGCGCCGUCGUGCUCGGCGACGUGCCCAUGGUGACCUCCAACGCCGCCGAGGAGGCGGGCGGUGCAGAGGGCGGCGACGGCGACUGCCUCGAGGACGACAGCUGGGCGGACGGGGCCGUCCCCCCUGGUGCCGCCGCUGUGGUGCUGGGCGAGGCGCCCGCUGCGGCUGCUGCUGCUGCGACCGCUGGCGCGGUGGCCGUGGAGGACGACGACGGGCCUGGGGCGCAGGCCGCGCUGAUCUCAGCGUGGAUCCGCACGCCUGGCGCUCGUGUGGCCGACCUCCAGCCGCACUUCUUCGCGUGGCCGCUGCCGCGCCUCCGAGCCUGGCUCGCCGAGGCGUGCUUCGCGGCGCUCCACUCCGCGAUGCCCGCCUGA